CGCCCCGCGCGACCCAGGCCCCGCCCCUCGUGUCCUAGGCUAUUCGGUAGUGUCAAUAAAGUUGCAGCGCUUUGUAGUUUGCGGCGGACAACAUGGCGGCCUUCAUGCUGGGUUCGUUGCUUCGGACGUUGAAGCAGAUGGUUCCUUCAUCAGCUUCAGGCCAAGUUCGAAGUCACUACGUAGACUGGAGAAUGUGGCGCGAUGUGAAGAGACGAAAAAUGGCCUAUGAAUACGCAGAUGAGAGGCUACGUAUUAAUUCACUCAGGAAGAAUACCAUUUUGCCAAAAACUCUUCAGGACGUGGCCGAUGAAGAAAUCGCUGCCCUCCCACGGGAUAGCUGUCCUGUUAGAAUCAGAAAUCGGUGUGUUAUGACGUCCCGUCCGCGUGGUGUGAAGCGGCGCUGGAGGCUUAGUCGUAUAGUCUUCCGUCACUUAGCUGACCACGGGCAACUUUCUGGGAUCCAGCGAGCAAUCUGGUAAAUGAGCUCCAGAACCUAUUGAGCUUGCAGGGAAGCCAGUUCCAGCAAGAAAAGAUUUUUUUAAUAGACCAAACCCUACUCUACAGGGGCCCAGUGCAGUUGUUUGGCCUACCUGAUGCUAUCUCUAAACUACUUUUAAAAUGAAGAAAUUUGGGUGUUUCAUGUCAGUGAAUUAUCUUUUCUCUUGGACUUAAUAAACAUACUGUUCCAUACAUAGUGCAAAGAGUAGUAUAAUAAAUAUUUUCUGUGAAUAUGUUUUUUA